AAAAGUCGAUAAAAAAUUUUCUCAAACAUCUUCCUGUUUGGUUUUAGAGAAUGUUUCAAUAAAUUAACGUAGAAAAGUGUUCUUUUAGAAAACAAAUCACGCUGAACGGUGGAAAAAGAGAGGUGCAAGUGUUGAGUAAUGUUUUGUUAGUUGCAAUCCACGGUGCGGUGCUGUGCUGUGGGAAACGCUCCAGUGAAUACCUCAAAUCGGGCGGUCGCGUCGCGUUCUUUUCCAUAGAAAAAAAAUAAGCAAACAAGCUUUCUUUCCUGUUCGGUUGUGCCACUGUGCGGAAAGAUUUUGCGGUCACCGCCCCAACCUUUCAGCCGGCCAGCAACUUUUUGGUGAACGGGUGGGGGACUCGUUCGUGAACGCUCGCAGUCAUCAUGACACUGCACUCGUGGUUGCGGCGUCGAGAAAGCGGUUUUCCGGCGCGGUUCGGAGAUGGUGACUCGGUGCACCGUGCGAUCUACUACUCGCUGGAACCGAAGAAAAGUUGGAACGACCAGCGGAAUGCGUGCAAUACGUGCGAGUAUGGCGGUGCCUACAAUCUGGAGUUCUCGCCCGAUGGUUCGAUUCUGGUGGCAGCCUGCGAGAAGAAGACAAUCGUGCUGUUUGAUCCGGUCACCGAGAAGCAAAUGUGCACCAUCAAAAAUGCCCACAACGAUAGUGUUAAUUGUGUCAAAUUCCUCGACAAUCGUAUGUUCGCCACCUGUUCGGAUGACACGACGGUCGCCCUGUGGGACACCCGGAAUCUCAAGUCGAAAAUCCGCAGCCUGCACGGACACUCCAACUGGGUGAAAAACAUAGAAUACUCCAAAAAAGACUGCCUGCUGGUGACGUCCGGUUUCGAUGGGUCCAUCUUUACCUGGGAUAUCAACAGCUACACCGAGCACGGGUUCGUCUACCAGAAGGUGUUCCACACGCCCGGACUGAUGCGAUGCCGGCUGGUGCCGGACGAAAACCGGCUGGUGAUUUGCACCACCGGUGGCUAUCUGAUCAUUAUUCACAAUCUCAAUCUGGCCUCACUGGCGAUGGAUCUGAGAGGAUUCAGGCCCAACCUGUACCGACUGAUGCAAUCGCGACAGCAGUUCAUCCCUAAUGCAGCCCGAUACGGUCACGCCUUUUCCAAGAAGCAAAAGAGCAACCGAGUCGAGCUGGUUAGUGACUUCCCGGAAGGUAACGACGCGGAAGUGAUCAGCUCCCUACAGAUUCACCCUCAAGGCUGGUGUGCGCUAAGCAGAAACAUAAGCUACGAUGAAAGUUCUGAGUGGAGCUGCGUACACGAUAUUCAGGAAAUCUCGCUGGAAGAUGACGCAGAAAGCGAUGGCGAAGAUGAUUCCACCGGGGCGGCAGACAGCGCCAGUGGUGAAGCAAGCCUCAAUCAGGAUGCUUCAACGGCUGGAGAAGGUGGCGGUGGUGGUGCAGAAGAAGGCGGAGGAGGGGCCGGUUCGGGUGCAGAAACUCAAGCUGAAGCAGCAGCUGCUGCUGCUCUGGUCAAUGCAGCCGUCGGAGAACCAGCCGAACCAAAUAACGUUGCCAAUGGCAAUCGGAACAAUAACAACAACAACAAUCAAGGGAACAACGCCGAUUUCCCGACGCCGAACUCGGACAUUUGGGCGGCGGAAGUUUCGCUGCGCAACCGAAACCUUCGGGUGGAGAAUACUCGUUCGCUGAACAUGGCUAACGUGUACGGUAUCACCAGCGGUCUGUUCCCGCUGACUCCGGUGGAACAUCAGAACAAAUUCCAGCAAACCAUCACGGUGAACGUGAACCGCAUGCUGUACUACAUUGAGGAGCCCAACAAGGGCAAAGGGUUCAUCAAGGAACCGUGCUUCUCCUCGGACGGGCGUAUCAUCUGCUCGCCCCACGCGCACGGCAUCCGACUGCUGGCGUUUAAUGCCGAGUGCAACGAGCUGCCCUUCAUCACCGAUCGGGCCAACGAGGGCCCGAGACAGUUUCACGAAAUCAAACGGAAGCACUGCCACUCGGACGUCGUGGUUAGCAGUAAGUUUAGUCCCAAGUUCCCGCUGCUGGUAUCCGGCUGUCUGCGGGGUAAGAUCGUAUGGCACCAGCCGGUGCUGUAAGUCGUUUCUCGUUCGUUUUUCUCGAUGCGUUAUUACUAUUAUUUACUAGCAGUUUGACUGUGUAGGAAAUUAUUGACUACCACCAUCCUACUUAAUGGUACUUACUGUGUAACGGAAACAUCACAGGUCGAAGCAUUUUUCCGUGUUUUCGUCCCGAAAUGAUCUGCCGCUCAAGCAAGCAAACAAGCAACGUGUGACUUAAUCUAUAAGUCCCUGGUAAGCACAUUGCUGUCCUUCCCCGUGGUGCGUGUGUGCACGCGAGCAUUUACAUUAUCCUUCCAUUAUUUCUGUUACACACACAGACACGUGCUAACAAGUGCGCCAGCGGCGCUGAUUCACUGACGUUGUUUCAGCCGAUUUUUAGGUUAUACGUAAUUUAUGUUGAUGAUGAAGAACAAAAUAUUACACUAGGUAGUAAGCUAAUUGAAAUACAAAUUACGUAAAAUAUCAAUA